UACAUCGCUACGAAGCCUGAUAAAUUUGGUAUCAAGUUUUGGAUUGCAGCUGAUUUAGAGACCAAGUACAUGUGCAACGCUAGUCCGUACUUAGGAAAAGAUCCCAGUCGUCCCACAGGAGAAAGACUUUCUGAGAAUGUCGUCACAAAGCUCAUGGAACCAUAUCUGGACAAGGGCAGAACUGUUACAACCGACAACUUUUUCACAUCUCUGUCUCUGGCUAACCGACUACUGAAGCGCAACACGACUUUGCUUGGCACCAUAAAUAAGAUACGACGGGAACUUCCACCUCAGGCUAAAGAUGUUUCAAGACUCAAGGAAUUAUCCACACAAGUGUUUAGAACAGGCCCUGUUAUUCUGACAGUCUAUGCACCCAAAAAGAAGAAGUCUGUCUGCAUUCUGAGCACCUUGCACCGGAACGUGGAGAUCGGCAUGGAUCGGAAGAAAAAACCAAACACGGUAACAGACUACAACUGUAUGAAGUGUGGUGUCGACAUCAUGGACCAGAAGGUGCGUGCGUACACGGUGCGUGCUGGAACACGCCGGUGGCCAGUUGCCGUGUUCUACAAUAUCCUUGACCUGGCAGCGAUGAACGCCCACAUUCUGUACAAGGCAUGUACAGGAUCCACAGAGAAAAGACGAGUGUUCAUGGCCCACCUUGCAGAGGAACUUCGGCGUCGAUUUAUGCAAGAAAAAGAGAUUGAAAAAGAAAUGAAGACACAGCUUAGACAAGCUUCUGUUCCUCAGCUUGCCACUGGAAAGAGGACUCAGUGUCAGGUGCUCCGUCACUGUAAUAGGAACCACAGUACAGAGAGAUGUGUGCAGUGUGACAGGUACACCUGUCGCAAGUGUAGGAAGGAGGGUCCUUGGGUGUGUGAUGACUGUUAG